AUGGCGGUCUUUCCUAGCCGCUGGGCCACUCUGGUCGCUAAUCUCCUGGUGCCUCUGGGCCUACUCGCCUUCUCAUCUGGCUUCUUCCCCUAUAAGCCACUAUUGCCCGGUCUAGCCAAGUGGGAAGACGAUGCGCCUCCCGCAGCGCCAUUUGACAAGGUCAUUUUCAUGGUGGUGGAUGCAUUGCGGAGUGACUUUGUCUACGCCAAUGGCUCCGGGUUCUUGUUUACGCAGAGCCUGAUCCGAUCUGGCGCGGCGCUGCCAUUCACAGCUCAUGCCAGUUCGCCGACAGUCACCAUGCCCCGCCUAAAGGCCAUGACCACCGGCUCUGUGCCCUCGUUCCUCGACGUCAUUCUCAACAUCGCCGAGUCGGAUACCUCGUCGACCCUCGCCUACCAAGAUACCUGGCUGGCCCAGUUGAAGGCGAGGGGGGACCGUCUGGUCAUGUACGGAGAUGAUACCUGGCUGAAGCUCUUUCCAGGCAUGUUUGACCGUGCCGAUGGGACAACCAGUUUCUUCGUGUCGGAUUUCACCGAGGUAGACCAUAAUGUCACCCGUCAUGUUCCCCGCGAACUGGCAGAGAGUGACUGGUCCGCCUUGAUCAUGCAUUAUUUGGGCCUGGAUCAUAUCGGGCACAAGUCAGGGCCUCGAAGUCCCUUUAUGCUCGGGAAACAGCACGAGAUGGACGCCAUUGUGGCCGAGAUCUAUGACUCAAUGCAGCAGAAACCGCACCUUCAGUCCACGUUGUUCGUCCUGUGCGGCGACCACGGAAUGAACGACGCUGGAAACCAUGGCGGAUCAUCGGCAGGCGAAACAUCACCGGCAUUGCUGUUCAUCUCGCCCAAGCUCGAGGCCCUGGGGUCCCAUGCUGAGAGCCCCGUGGAGGCAUUCGCUGAUCUACAGUACUACCGGACGGUCGAGCAAGCGGAUAUCACCCCGACUCUUGCAGGGCUUCUUGGGCUUCCGAUCCCCUUGAAUAACCUAGGGGUGUUCAUUCCGGAGUUUCUUGACAUGUGGGAUCACGGGUCCCAAAAGCUUGAGGUCCUGUCUCGAAACGCGAAUCAACUAUUGAACACAGUGAAGGCCACCUUUCCCGGCUACGCGUUUGAUGCCAAAGAUGCCGCAUUUAGCUGUUCCUCUGGGGCUGAUUCGGGCAUUGCAGGCGCGCAAUGCGCUUGGUCUCGAGCCCAGCAGCUGCUACAGAGGAACACGGACACCAGUGACUCGCAUACAGUGACCGAAUCGGCUUUGAUGCAGUUCUUAAAGAUUGCCCAGGAGGUAAUGAGCAGCACAGCCAGCAAUUAUGACGUCUCUCGGCUCUCUCUCGGCCUCUUGACCGUGGCGGUCGCAGCGCUGCUGGUUCUUCCGGCCACUUAUGUCGCGUGUGCGCGCUCAAAGCAUUCUGGGGUUUUUUUGGUGUUUCUUAUCGUGGGCUACGGACUAAUGAUGUUUGCCAGCAGUUAUGUGGAGGAGGAACAGCAAUUCUGGUACUGGAUAUGUUCCGGAUGGAUUUUCUAUUUACACAUCCGGCCCAAAUCGUGCCGGCAAUGGUCACCCUGGAUGGCCCAGUGUGCUGGACCGGGGCUUCUUCUUUGCCAACGGUUUCUGAGACGGUGGAAUCAGACUGGACAAAAAUUCGCUGCCGAGCCAGACAUCGCUCGAACCUUCCUCCCGCAGCAUCCCAAUGUUUUGUGGAGCUUGGUGAUUUUCACGUAUGCCGAUUCGGGGAUCCAUCUCCUGUGGCGUGUGCCGCGCUCCAUUCUGGCCCGGCUUGGCGCAAUAGUAUUGAUAAUCCUGGCCUUUGGUUUCAAGCUAAACUUUGUCGCAUCGGACUCACCCGAGCUGCUAGAGGGUUCGUUCCUCUCCCGUGUUGUGGCGGCAUAUCCAACCGGCUUGUCACUGGUGUUGCACGCCCGACUCGUAUUCUUUGGGCUAGCAUGCUUGGUCCUGCCGGCACUUCUCAGCCGAGAUCGAACAGCAGAUGCACGAGCUCCAAACAAGCUCCUCCACGAGGCUCUCUCGCUGCUCCUGAUGACUCAAUCCCGAGCCACCAAUAUUCCCGUGUUUCUCGUCUUCCGUAUCCAAGUCGUUUUUCUCUCUUCCUUCAGCCUGACUGAGCUGGAAGUGACCAUCACGACCCUGAUUGCGCAGUACAUGACCUUCUUUGCGUUCGGCGGCUCAAAUGCCAUCUCUUCCGUCGAUCUUUCGAAUGCAUAUAACGGCAUCGGCAGCUACAGCGUACUGCUCGUUGGGGUCCUGACGUUCACUGGCAAUUGGGCUGGCCCAAUCUGGUGGGUGUCCGCUAGCCAUCUUCUUCGUCCGGACGAAGCGCCGGUUGCGCAGCAAGAUCACGCCGCGCUGCUGACCUUCCAAGUUGCCAUGUCGGUGAUCUCUGUCAUGGCCGCCUGUACCGCCCUGCGAACCCAUCUCUUCAUCUGGACCGUGUUUUCCCCCAAAUUCCUAUAUACCAUGGCCUGGGCCACGCUCAACCAUAUUGCGAUCAAUUUAGUGGGGGGAAUAGGGCUCGCUCAUCUGCGAUCCAAAUAA